GUAAGGCACUUCCGGUUGUCAUACAUCAACUCAACUCUCAAUAUCAACAUCGAUCCUUUUCCUUUACCUCUUUUGUCAGUGUCGUCACAGACGAAGACAACAAGGACACAAUGAGUCUCAUUCAAAGCUAUGAACAACAGUAUUCGUCUGUGACAUCUGACAUCACUCACAACAUCGGAAAGGUUGCCACGUCAUUUGGAGGCGAAAAGCAGAACUAUGUCAAACAGGCGGAAAAGCUGUUCGAUGAAGCUCAUGAGUUGUUGGAGCAGAUGGAGUUGGAGGUGAAGGAGCAGGAGCCCAAGGAGAGGCAGAAGUACCACACGCGGGUCAAAAGCUUCAAGAUUGAACUCACCAAACUGCAGGCUGACCUGAAACGAGCCAAGCUGGGCAUUGAUGCCAACAGAGAUGAGCUUCUUGGUGACGACACUCACGACUCGGAGGACCAGAGAGCCCGGUUGCUGGACAACACAGAGACCCUGGAGCGAACAUCUCGACGACUCGACCAUGGCUAUCGAAUCACUGUGGAAACAGAGCAGCUUGGUGCCCAAGUGAUGGAAGAUUUACAUUCCCAAAGACAGGCCAUCAAUCGCUCCCGGGGACGGCUUCAAGAAAUGGAUUCAGCUCUGGGCAAAAGUUCCCGUGUCUUGUCUGGCAUGAUGCAGAGAAUUAUACAGAACAGAGUGAUGCUCCUCGGCGUCGGUCUUAUCGUGUUAAUUGCCAUCAUCCUUGCCAUCUACUUCAUGGUGCGCUCAUGACGUCUGGUUGGGAUCCAGCACAACGCAGAACUCGCAGCAAGUUUGUCCGUCACACAUCUGUACGCUCUUAGCCUUGUGGGUGGCCCACAUCUGCGCUACACACUUCCUGUAACAAGUAUUUUGGGCGUGUCGCAGCACGGCUGGGUGUGUGUCAGCUCAGGGGUUAGGUGGAGGGUUAUAUAAGAUAAGAGAGACAAGAGAAGAGAUAUGAUAUCGUCGGCAAGCUGUUCAUUUGUUCUCAUCCCAGAGAGCUACAUUUUUCAGGAGAGUUAUUGGUUCAAUCAAAAUUUUAUGGCUCUUGCAACACAAAUAGGUUAUAUAAAUGCCGACUUUUUCAGAAGAGAGAAUGAAAAACUCAUGUUUCAGAGAGAAAAAAUUGUACCUACUGUAUGCGUCAUGUUUGUUUUGAUUUUUCAAGUAAUUUGAAUUUGUAUUUUGACAAAACAUUUGUUAGGCACAUGUAGCAGAUACCACAGAGUAAGAAAGUGCUAGUGGGGGAAAAAAAGUUCAAAAUCUGGGCGUAGUACAUUUGAACUGCUGGUCGAGAUUAUGUAGGGGAAUGUAUAUCAGUGUGUACAGGUGAAUGUGUCUCAGUGUGUAUAGGUGAAUGUGUGUCAGUGUGUACAGUUGACUGUGUCUCAGUGUGUAUAGAUGAAUGUGUGUCAGUGUGUACAGGUGACUGUGUUAGUAUGUACAUAAGUGUGUUUGACAUCUGUGCUUGGACCAGAGAGUGUGACGCUGAUAAUGUUCAAAUCCCACAGACCACAACCACAGCAAAAACACUGCCAGAAGGAGCAUUGAGAGGGAAGGUGAAGGUCAUGUGCAUAAAAGGAAUUAAGUGUCGAGAUGUCACUUGUAGACAAGUCUUAGCAUAUCUCAGGGAUUCUAUUUCUCCUUUAUUUCCGUUAUUUUCAAAAGAACAACGAUAAGUAUUCUCGUUUUCCGUUUAACCCCUUCACUGCUCCCAGUCUUCCCCUGCCCUGUGCCGGAAAAAUGUCCGCCCACCCACUCUCUGACAGGUCACCUGUGUUAUGCUGUUCCCAUCGUUUUAUGCCAGAAAAGUUCUGAAAUUAUGCAAACUGAGCCCAAGAAUGUGAAAUUAUGCGAUUCUGUUAAUUUUAACCAAGUAUGAUAAAGGAAAAUUAUCAGAAAUUAUGCAAAAAAAUGAGAUCAAAUUUUGCUAAAUUAUGCAGGGUGCAUAAAACCACGGGGACAGGUUAUGAGGCUGUGACUCCUAUAUAAUUGACAAGAUACACCUAUAAAAGUAAACAUCAAAUGAAAGAAAAAUGAAAGCAGUUUUCAGCCCUUCCCUUGGAAGUGAUAUUAAUUGAUUCAUGUGUAAACUACUGGCUUUGAAAACUGAAGGGGAAGAUUACCUUAUUCUUGAUGAUGUCACUGCAGCUACCUCCAACAAUGAAUACUUGUAGUAAUCUAAGAAAAAGGCACAAUCCAACUUGAAAAUCCCAUGUAUAGACAACACA